GAAAGGCAAACAAGAAGAGGAAGUUCCCCAUCGAUGAUGAGACGUCCGGCGAGAGCAAUAACAAUACCAAAUCAAGCUGGCCGUCUGAGGAUGCAGCGACACGGACAUCGCUAUGGCUACAGCAAGCUGUGGCCUGGACUGAGAAGAGGGAGCUCCUUCACCUUCCUCACCCCUGGACCUCAAUGGGACUUCAGUCUGAAGCGGAAGCUCAGAGAGAAGGAUGACUCUGAUGCAGUCAGCCUGUGCAGCUUUGACUUCAAGGAACCCAGCAACAAACGUGUCCGUCCUCUCGGCAGGGUGAGCUCGCUGGCUAACCUCAUCUCCCCCGUGAGGAAUGGGGCCGUCCGGCGCUUCGGCCAGACCAUCCAGUCCAUGUCCUUCCGGGGCGAUGGCAAUGGUGGCAAGACGCCGGGCGUGCCCCAGAAGCCAUGCAGUAAGGCGGCGGCGCCCACGCCGCCCAAGAGACGCAACAGCACGCUGUGGUCGGAGACAUUAGACGUCCACCAGAAGGGCACCUUCUCCACCAAGGAGAUCAAGAGACAGGAGGCCAUAUUUGAGUUGACUCGCGGAGAACAGGACCUGAUUGAGGACCUCCAGCUCGCACGCAAGGCGUACCACGACCCCAUGCUGAAGCUGAGUAUCAUGUCGGAAGAGGAGCUGACCCAUAUCUUCGGGGACCUGGAUGCCUACAUCCCCCUCCACGAGGACCUGCUGGCCCAGCUGGCCAGAGCCACCGGCCCCGACGGCACUGUGGGACAGAUAGGACAAAUCGUUGUUAGCUGGUUGCCAGGGCUGAAUGCAUACCGAGACUACUGCAGUAACCAGGUGGCGGCCAAGGCCCUGUUGGACCAGAAGAAACAGGACCGGAGGGUGCAGGACUUCCUGCAGCGCUGCCUGGAGUCUCCCUUCAGCAGGAAGCUGGACCUGUGGAGCUUCCUGGACAUCCCCCGCUCCCGCCUGUUCAAAUACCCCCUCCUGCUCAAAGAGAUCCUCAAACACACGGCACCCGAGCACCCUGACACGCCCCACCUGGAGUUAGCGAUCACCAUCAUCCAGGGUGUGUUGUCUGACAUCAACAUGAAGAAGGGGGAGUCAGAGAGCCAGUACUACAUAGACAAGCUGGAGUAUCUGGACGAGAGGCAAAGAGACCCGCGCAUCGACCAGUGCAAGAGUCUGUUGUGUCACGGCGAGCUACGCAACAAGAGCGGAACAAAGCUGCAUGUGUUCCUGUUCACAGAGCUGUUGGUGAUGACCCGGUCUGUGACGCGGAACGAGCACCACUGUUUCCAGGUGUACCGGCAGCCAAUCCCGGUGCAGGACCUGGUGCUGGAGGACCUGCAGGAUGGAGAUGUCAAAAUGGGUGGCUCCUUCAGAGGAGCAUUCAGUAACUCCGACAAAGCCAAGAACAUCUUCCGUGUGCGUUUCCAUGACCCGUCUCGGGGCCAGUCCCACACGCUGCAGGUCAACGACGUCUUCCACAAGCAGCAGUGGCUCAACUGCCUGCGCAGCGCCAUCUCCGUCCACCAGCCCGCCGACGCCGCCGUCACCACGCCCGCUUCCUCACCGGCAGCCGACGCCCACUCUAAGCGGCGCUCCUCCAAAAUCUCCAUCAUCCACACGGAGGAGGCCGACGAGAACUGCCCUUUGACGCCCGCAGGUGCAACGUCCGCCUCCAGUUCGCUAUGCGGGGACGAGACCCCCAGUCCCACCUCAACGUCUCCCUCCUCCCGCUCCUCAUCCUCCUCUUCAUCACCACUAUCCUCCCCGUCGCCCAAACACAAAACCAAAAAGGACAAGCGCUCCCUCAGUGCCUUAGGGAAGAGGAAGGAGACCAUGGUGUAAUUAGAGGGGAGAAAAUGGACUCCUGGGCGAGCGGACAAUAUGUUUGUACAUAAGGGAGGGGGAGCAGAGUGGGGGGGGCUGGGUGUUCCCUCCCGUGGGACUUUUUAUUUAUGUGUCUGUGUUUUAUUAUUACAACAGUAUUUUGUGUUACUGUCCCCAUUGGCAGCUAUUUACUUUACUCUUCCAUCCCUCCACUGUUUGGUUCUGUCCACAAAGGGGCUAAGUGCAUACCAUUCAGUAUUCUGGAGAGGCCUGCUUGGCUUUCAGUAAUUAGAGAGAAGUUGUGCAUAUUGUCCUGUU